GCAUGGCUUGGAUGACGGUGAACUGUUGCCGUGUGUGCGCUCGCAAGCACGACGAUUUAAUAUCAAUCUUCAGUGAGGAAGGGAGAUGCCGGCAGCUGAUCCUUAAACUACAGUUCUGCCUUCGUAUAACAGUUUCUACCAGUGACGAUCUACCAACUUCAUUGUGCUGGAAGUGUGUAGCAAGAUUGGAAGUGUGUUACGAGUUUAUGCAAGACCAUUUUAUCGCAGAAAACCAGUUCCGAAACCAACGGAUCCAAUACAGCGUCAACCCAACAACAUGUGCCACGCCUGAAGACGGCAUGUAUUACGCUGAUACAGCAGACGUGAAGCUAUUGGAACCAAUGGUUAUGGACGAGCGGCCAGAGAAGAGCAAGCCAUGGUUUCCCGCAAAUCUGGACAUAAGUUCGAGAGCGGAUAACAAACAUGUGGGGCACCUGAGACUCUGCAAGUGCGUGAAAUGCACGCUGAGUCGCUACGGCAGCCUGCCCCUGGAAGAUACGCUGGAGGAGAGCGACAGUGCGCCAUCGAGUAGCCCUUUGAGCCAGGCCGCGCAGACGCCGCCCCCGCAACCCAGCUCCACUGUCGAAGACGAGCGGAAGGUGCCAGUUUCGAGUCCGCUGCAGGGCACGACGCACAAGAAGGGCCUCAUCUGCGACUUCUGCAGCAAGUCCUUCAACCACGCCGGUGACCUCAAGAAGCACCGGCGUACGCAUACUGGCGAACGGCCUUAUGCCUGCCCUGUGUGCAACAAACGUUUCUCACAUACUAGCAAUUUGUUACGCCACCGCAAGAUUCACUCCGGAGAAAAGCCCUACACGUGCCCUCACUGUCCCAAGACAUUCGGGCGCAGUGACAAAAUGCUGGGACACGUGAAGACUGCACAUGCCAGUGCGCGCCCAAGCACCUCCGAGAGUUCUACGUGACGAUUAAUUGCCGUCGAAAGUUAUUAAUUUUACGUAUUUAUAUUAUAUGAUGGCUGUGAUCAUUUUUUUACGUGCUUGCCAAAUGUGAAAGGAAAACUGAUUUCGAAGAAAUCUCGUACAUACCUCAAGAUGUGCCAUUUCGAAGAGUUACUUGAACAUGAGCACACAUGAUAUAAAUGUGUGUGAAAACAUGGUACCUUAAGAAUGUAAGAACAAAACUUUUAACACAGUACUACAGUCAUUUAUUGUAGGAGAAUAAAGUGAGAUCUCAGAUGUAGAGAUCAGUGACCUACAAGUAGUCAUGUACAUUCAAUUCAAGCUGUACCUGACACAAAGUCCAUGCACUUUCUUCUUUGUUUUCGGAACUUAUGUUAGUUGCUGUUACCCUGUCAAAAAGCUAUUUGUAGUCAUUUAACUGCAUAACUUACAAACUUUGUAAUAUGCUCUCAAAUUUGUGUGUCUGGGGUUACAAAUUCCAGUUGUCAAUCAAUCAUUAGACGUCAUUACUACAGAAUCACUUGCAACAUAAGUACCGUAGUAUAGAAUAUACCAAUGAUAGAUUUGAUGUAUGUUACACAUAUUCAUGGGUUUGUGCAAAAACCACCUAAGGAGGGCAGCCAUGAGUUAUGGCACUUGUUUAUCCAAAGUUGGUAACUUGAAUCUGCUGCAGUUGAGUGUAAAGCCAUGUAGUAUCAUUCUAAAAAAAAAUAAUCUAUUGUCAUUAAUUCUCAGAGCACAAUUGGUUUGGAUGCAGUAUCUGUAAAACUUAAUGUCAUUUCUGUACUGAUAUACAGUGAGUGUGUGUUAUUUCUGCAUUAGUACAGAGCUAGUCAGAUUAAUGGCACUACAGAUGCAGAUCUACUGCAGAAUAGAAAAUAUUUAUUAAAAUGUGUUGCUAACCAUUUCCAUGAAACUGCAGUGAGAACAAUUAAUUAUCUAGUCUGAUGUUUAAGCAGAGAGAUAUCUGCAGUAAUGCAGAGAUUCUGUAUCCUAGGAAAAAGAUGUUAUAUUAUUAAAAAAGUUUACUACUAAGAUGUCUUUCACAGAUAUAGUAUUUAUUAUAUUGUUAGCAUGAAAUACAAUUGCAAUGUACUUAUUGUGGCAUCAUCAAAUAAGUACAGAAAAUGUGUUUGAAAAGUAAAUGACUUGCAUAUAGCAUCUGGUCUGUGCCAAAGAUCUGAUUGCAAUAUAAAUUAUACUGCAGUCUUCAAAAACUAAGUGUCCAAAAGCUUAUGUAUCAAGACUGCAUUUUAUUACUGCAAAAACAGGUUCCUAAAUGACUGAAUUUCAUACUUACAAUUUUACAGUUCUCUGAGGCUGGCUUCUGUAUUGUACACACAAAGUGCCUGAAUGGAAAUUUAUUUAUAGAGGAGUAGUGUUCCAUUAAAGGUCAAAUUAUAGUGAUGUUUAAUUUAUGUACUGUUACAGAUUUCAAAAUAUGUCAGUGGUGCUUUAUGUGAAUAAUGAGAGCUUUAAAAUGAGAUUGAAGAAGAAUGAGCUGUUAUUUUAAACAAGUAUUCUGUAAAUACCUGAUGUGCACCAGUAUGAUGAACUUAAUUUAAUACAAAAAGUUACAAAUUAUAAUUUUGUUGUUACCUCUAUCUCUGCCUCCACUGUUAGUUAUAUUACCACAUUCAUUAGUUAAGUAGUAGUCUCAACAAGUGAGAAUGCAGGGAUGGACUCAACAUCAUUUAAAUUAUACACAAUAUCCACCUACACCAGAAAUUUCUAGCUAUGGAUGGACAGUGAAAACUUGUCUCAUUUUCAAAGCAGGGAAAGUCCAAACACUGAUUCUUAUAUAAAAAGAGAACACAGCAAUUAAGUCACUAAUAUUCCUUAUGUGUAAUGUUGAACAUCACUCAGUGUCUCUUGCACUUUCCACAAAUCAGUAGCUGAUUAACCUCUUAAUAACACCUAGAGAUACAUAGCAAGAAAAUAGUUUUCCAUUUAAUGGUAAAAGAGCACGACUCGUAAUAACUCAAUCCAAAACUGUCAAAGGCACUCUUUAAGCAGUAGUUGUUUUGUGUGUCUAAAAUAGCUAUAGGAAGGUUUCAACACAGAUAUUGCUUCAUUACAUCAAUGAAAUUUUGUUCAGAACUAAAAGCCAGUUACACAUGAAUAUAUCUGCACUGUUUGAGGGAGGAUGUUAUUCUUCAUUUUGCAUACCCAGUCCACUGCAUUCAAGGGUUUUCACACGGCAAAAACAAAGGCUUUUGGAGCUCAUGUUCAUGAUAUGACUGCAUACUGAGGUACUGCGAGGGAAUCCAAGUUCCUUAUUGAAAAGGUGGGGUUAGCAUACAGCAGCUGCAUGUUUUAUGAAUUUCUCUUUUCAUUAAAAAUAUUUCAGCCAGUUAUUUAUAACUGGUCCUGACACUCCAGUAAAUUUGGAUAGUUCGAAUCAAGAUUUCUGAGUGGUCUGGGCCACACUGAUUCCACUACGGCGACUGGCUGUUCAAUUUUGACCCUCCAUAAUAGCAGACAGAUUUCCAUAUCUUAUAAACACUCUCCAAUAAAUUUCACCUUCUGAACCAGAGAUUUUAUACACAAUACAAAAAACAGAAGUGUCAUCUAUAUUAAAAAAUUAUUUUGUUGUAACUUGCAAUGACAGGGAGAAAAUUCUAGAUUAUAUAUGAAGAAAAGCAACAUGAAGCAGUGGUCUGAAGAAGAUGAUCACUUUACCAUAAUAAGCAGUAGACACUUUUCAUUGAGAAUUUAACAGUAAAAUAUUUGUUUGCAAGAGAGUAGAAGAUUGAAUGAGUUUGUCUUUUACAGCAGCGUAUCUUGUCAUCCUGGACACAGCAAAAUAAGAAGGUGUAUGUGUAACUGGGGUACAUUUGAACCCAAGUGUAGUUGAAGUUUUAACUGAAUGUACAGCAAAGAAAUAAACAUAAAAAAUUAACACAAUAAGCACUAUAGUACAAUACAUACAAACAUUACAGAAGUUUUAGUGGUGUAAUCUGUCUCACAGAUACCAUCACAACUAUAUAAAAGUGGCACGGAGUACUUUUAGUAUUUAACUGAACAGGGUUUUCAGAAUCAGGUUGCUAGUGUGUGUGAACAAGAAAAUUUACAGUCGAAUGUAACCUACCACAAGGGACUUGGGGCACUGACACAUGAGAUUUGAAUGUGACAACCAAUCAAAAGCUGAGGUUUGCCUCAGUACCAUGCUCUCUGUAAAUUACUAACGGCAGGAAAAUAAAUGAAUAAACCAGGAAACACAUUAGAGUGAAAGACAUAAUAAUGAAUAUAAUGAAAAUGAAAUGGAAGUGCCUUUGACAUGAAGCCAGGUGAAUUAAUGGUAGAUGAUCUUUGCAGGGUUCCAGGAAAUAAGAAGUAGCUAACAUGACAUACUGAUGCAAUGUCUUCAGCAAACUCAUCCAUGUUGCUCCUGCGCAUAUUUAAAAAAAAUUAUAUCUAUAAUUAAACCUUCACCAUGUGUGUUCUCUGUGAGAUGCUAAGUCAUUAUGAAUUCUUUGUAGUUACAAAAUACGAGUAUUUAUAAUGUCGAGAGUUUAAUUCUUGAAAGUCACUCAGUUGCAAUGUACUGAAUUGAGGACAGAGCCAACACUCAACAAUCAUCUUUUAACUGAAAAACCACUUAUAUGAUACAGAAUGUGAAGUUUUACAUUGUGUUGAAAAUGCAGACAGAUGAUUCUAUGUAAACGUACUACAUGUUAUCAUUUUUUUGUAUCUUCUAUAUAAGUUACAUCUGUUUAUAAGUUGCAUGUCAUUUUAUUUGUGUUAGCAAUAUUCAGUCGUAACCUGAUGAUGGCUAAGAAGCGAAGC